AUGGUCGACGUCGAGGUAGCAAUCCCUGCCGCGAUGGCUCCCCAUGAUGUGGAUGUGGAGCAGACAUCUACGGCUCUCACAACAACCAAUAAUGAGGUCGCGACGACGGGAGAGCGCAAGAUGAAGAAGAUCAUUCGCAAAAAGAAGCGUCCAGCUCGACCCCAAGUCGAUCCCUCGACCAUGAAAUCCGAGCCUCCUCCGCAGACAGGCACAAUCUUCAAUAUCUGGUAUAAUAAAUGGUCAGGUGGGGAUCGGGAAGACAAAUAUUUGUCGAAGACUGCAGCCGCUGGACGAUGCAAUGUGGCGAAGGACACCGGAUACACGAGAGCGGACAAAGUUACUGGUAGCUAUUUCUGCCUGUUCUUUGCGCGCGGAAUCUGUCCAAAAGGCCAAGAGUGCGAAUAUUUGCACAGAUUACCUGGUAUCCAUGACAUGUUCAACCCAAAUGUGGAUGUCUUCGGCAGAGACAAACAUUCGGAUUACAGAGAUGAUAUGGGAGGUGUUGGAAGUUUCAUGAGGCAGAAUCGCACAAUCUAUGUUGGACGGAUUCACGUCAGCGACGACAUCGAGGAGGUUGUGGCUAGGCACUUUGCAGAAUGGGGACAGGUUGAGCGCAUCCGCGUUCUGAAUACAAGGGGCGUUGCAUUCAUCACAUACUCGAACGAAGCAAACGCGCAAUUCGCAAAAGAAGCUAUGGCACAUCAAUCGCUUGAUCAUAACGAGAUUCUCAACGUUCGAUGGGCGAGCGCGGACCCUAAUCCUAUGGCACAGAAGCGCGAGGUACGGAGAAUUGAGGAGCAGGCGGCAGAGGCAGUGCGAAGAGCAUUGCCAGCAGAGUUUGUAGCAGAGAUUGAGGGACGUGAUCCAGAAGCACGAAAACGGAAGAAGAUCGAUGGGGGGUUUGGCUUGGCGGGUUACGAAGCUCCCGACGACAUCUAUUUUGCCAGAAGUGCAAACGCAGUUAAUCCAGUCGGAAGGCAAGGACUAGAGCUGGAGGACGAGCAACGCUUAAUGAUCGAAGCUGACCAGCGGUUGAUGAUUGAGGCUGACCAGGUGGAGAGAGAGGAGGCAGAGGAGAAUGGCAUAUUCUCGAAUAGUACUUUGGCAGCUUUGAAAGGCGCCCAGGCGGUGGCUCCGACGCCGAAACCCCCGGCUCCAUCUGGUCCUCUGGUUGCGUAUGAUAGUGAUAGUGAUUGA